UGUUUAUUUUUCCUUUUUUGCAGAUCAGUCAGGCCUUCUGUUAAUUCUUCAUGGCAGCUGCACAGACGUUCAGCCUAGCCUGUGACCCUGGGAACCAAAUCCUCCAUUCUUUUAAUACGGACAUCUCCUACAGGUGCAAUAUGGGUAGUGUGAGCAGUCUAAUAGAGAAACAUGACUUUUCACAAGAUGAUUUCAGAUUGGACUUUAAGCCCCUCCCAGAUUCUCACAGCCCAGGGAAUAUCCUGAAGAGGAGUCUGAAUCAAAGAGAACUGCUGAGCUACUUGAGUAUUACAAAGAAAGAUGGUAAGAGUGCCAAGAAGAUACCUUCUGGGCUGGGAUUCAGGAGGGAACACAGUAUGGAAGGAGAAGAAAAUGACUACCCUGGCUUGUACCAAAAAGAGCACAGGAGUACAGACUUCACCAAGACAUCACUUCCGGAACGGGGACGUUUUGAAAAGUCUCGUUUUGGACCAGCUACUUUGAAGCCUUCCAAUGGAAAGAACUUCAUGUCAAUGCAGAGUUUAUGUUCUUCCGGUGGACACAAGCUAUCAAAAAGCAAUGGCAGUCUAAAUACCCUAGGCAGUCUUAACAGUCCACCACGUCGUGGGCCUCUGAAGUCAACAAACAACCAUUCUGUCAGCCAUCACGAAAGUGAAAGUGAAGAAAACGACAGCUUGUCUGACUGCAGACAAAAUUCAGUCAACAGCUAUUCAGGUUAUAGCCCUGGAUUCAGUGUGGCACGGGGUCAAAUAAGUGCAUCCACUGGACAUAUAAAUCAUAUUGGAGGUUCAUUAGACCGAGCAUCGCGGACAGGUCGAGACAUGGCACCUGGUGAUGACUCCACAGAUGACCCCAAUUCCUGCAUCAUGACUCCACAGAUGACCCCAAUUCCUGCAUCUUGA